AUGAUAGCAGGCAGUCAACUCAAAAGUAUCGACGAUUGCGUUUUGAUACACCAAAAUAUGAUGCUGCUGCAGAACGUAGCGGACCUGGAACGGCCCGCAAUUGAUUACUACCACUUUGACUUUUCCCACGAACAUCCAAUGGCGAUGCCACAGACGUGGAACGUUCUGUUGCACAUGGGGAAGCAUAAGCUACUGCGGCUUCCUUCGUGCUCCGCGGAGAACGAUUCUGACUACCAAAUGUACGUGAAAAGGUUACACCACUGCUUGUGGCGCCGCUGGUCAAUCGCACACUACCGUUUGCAAGAAAAAAAAUUGGAUCCAAGGAGAAUCAACUGGCACAAAGAGCUAGAUUUCACUGUGCUCUAUGGGCCCGCGCUGUGUGUCGGGGACAGCACAGACGGACCGGGCGUGGAAGGAGGUCACCGGGAGGCUGCGCUGUGUGGUCUAUAUUCCACCACGACGAAACGACAAAACAAUAUUGCAUCAUGGCUCGGAGAAGACCAUUCAGACGUGGACGAUUUAGCAGCAGCGUGUCUUUCGUCGUCUUUAGAGUCCCGCGACUCUUCCAUCUUCGACGAUGUUCCGAACAAAACGUGUCUGAGACGCAACUCGCACAAACGUUACGGCCGCAGAAGACCCUUGCGAUUCGACAGCGAGGUACUGCGAAGAGACAUAGACGUUUACGGAUCACUUUACGAGCGCAAAAUCCGCAUUAAUGACACUUACAUGAGCUUUCCAGAGGACGAUAAUUCGGACCUGGAGCCCGAAUACCACCACAUACAGCACUCCGCUGAAGACUGGGACAGUGAUGACGAGUUUCUUUUAGAUGUUAUGUGA